UGAGCGAGGUGCCGGCAUUCGGCCGCCGCCGCCGCCUGCGGGACGCGGGGAGGGAGCGGCCGCAGCGAGGUUCCGCCGGCGGCAGCGGCGGGUGGGAUGGCCCAGGCCCGGAUCAGCGCCAAGGCCAGCGAGGGGGCGCAGCAGCCGCAGCAGCCGCCGCAGCAGCAGCAGCAGUCGGGCGGGCAGCUCCGGGGCCGCUUCUACCGCUCCACCUCCAUGGCCGACCGCUCCAGCCGCCUGCUCGAGAACCUGGACCAGCUGGAGCUCAGGGUAGAGGCUUUCCGUGAUGCRGCAUCUGCUAUGGAACAAGAGAAAGAAAUUCUGCUCGAAAUGAUCCACAAUAUACAGAACAGUCAGGAUAUGAGGCACAUCAGCGAAGGUGAGAGAGAAGAACUUAAUUUGACUGCUAAUCGCCUGAUGGGCCGAACCCUCACUGUGGAGGUUUCCGUAGAAACCAUCCGCAAYGCCCAGCAGCAGGAAUCCCUCCUGCACGCCACCAAGAUGAUUGAUGAGAUCGUCAAUAAACUCCUCGAUGAUUUGGAAGAUGCCAAAAUGCGCUUAAUGUCACUUUACGGUGCGUGCACRUCUGAUGUGCCAGCAGGACCCAUUGAUCAGAAAUUUCAGUCUGUGGUCAUUGGCUGUGCCAUUGAGGAUCAGAAGAAAAUCAAAAGGCGCCUAGAGACUCUGCUUAGAAACUUGGAAAAUUCUGAAAAGUCCAUCACAUUGUUGGAGCAUCAGAAAUCAUCCGUUCGGCAGUCUUGCAACAGCAAACAGGAUUAACGUUUCCUCCUGGCUACUUUUGGCAAACCGCAGGAUGAUCAAGUGCCCAUAAAAACCACACAGAAGCCAAGAAAAAAAUUCUCUGUAUGAGCACACACAUAAAUACACAUCCACACGCACCAAAGUAUCUUUGAUUGCGAGGUGCAAGCAUUUAAUGGGUUUUGGUGGCAUCGGCAUUUUCUUUCRGCAAUAAGGAAUGCUAUCAGUUCUUUUGUAGAGUCAAUACUGCUCUAUUGCAAAUUGUAAUUGUGCUUCUGCUGAACAGACAGAAACUGAAAAUCUAGCCUUUCCUACAUUCUCCUGGGUUUUUUUUAAACUAAAGUUGUUUUGUCCURUCAUGAGAUUUCAGCUUUUCUCUGCUGUAUGCAUAGUAUGUGAACCAGACUUCUGGGGACAAAAGACAAAUCAUGGCAAUAAACCAAAACCAUUAAUAAACUGUUUAUGGUAUUUUCAUAAAUAACACAACAGCGUUUUACUCAUUACCAAUUAUAAUUUUGCAUUUUUUGAGUAUUUUGAAUAAACUGAUCACAACACUUUUCUAGGGACAGCUACCUSCCGUUUGUAACUGAGGAAGUGAAAAGCAACACAUACGUAACCAGAGAUCGCAACCCAUGAUAGAAAUGAGCCAACUCUUGCAAUGCCCCUUCUGUGCCUGGUGAACCAUGCUGUUCCCACCAGGUCAUUAUAGCUUUGAGGUUGCUGUGUGUUUCUUUUAAAAGAYAGUAGAAAGGGGACUUGUAUCUUAUCAGCUACUAGUCCACUUUUGCACCUUUUAUGAAGCCACAGAGCAAAACUUUGACUUCUUUGACCUGACACUGUUUUGAUGUCUUGUGUAGGAUGGCAUGGUACAUCCAGCAUUUCUCACCUCCUUGUGUGAAUGGCUUUUGGUUUAUCUUCUAUCCUCUCACUCAGAGCAACUGCUGCGUAUCAUCACCAACCUCUGUUGCUGUGGCUCAAAAGUUGCAGAUUCUAGGGUGUACCUGGAAUUUUGCAACCCCCUGUAGCCUGGCCAGAGUUAAYAGUAUUUCAGCCAAGCUCUGAGGAUAGCAGGGGGCUCCGUGGCUCAGCCAUCAGCCUUCUGAACUUGGCUCAGGUUAAAGCUAAGCUGAAGGGAGUGGGAAGGGUCUGAGUGAUGCCUUGGUGGCAAUGCCCAGGGUAUUACAGCUGCAGCAUCACACCUGGAUGAUCAGAGGGCACCAGCCCAUGGUGAGAACGCUGCACCAGGCUCCUGCACAACCAACACUCGGAGCCCCAUCGUUUUAAAUGCCUUGGAUGAGCUCAGGUGCUCCACAGGGAAACUCAGAGUGGYGCUUCUCGGAAACCUCAGCUGCGAUGUCACUGGAACUGCAUUUUAUUUGAAGAAAUGGCACUUCAGGUGGGUGCUUCAAAAGCAGUCAAAGUUUGUAAGAGUUGGUGACAUUAAUUCUAUUAUUCUGUUUUAAAAGAUCUUCCAGCUAUUCAGUAGUAUUAAAACCCUUUACAGUAAUACCUGGCUUGGGUUGUUUUUAAAAAUCAUGCUGGGCAACAGCUUAAGUUAAACACAGCUUCUUGUUCCUUAGAAUACUCCUUCAGUAUUCGGGGUUUUAAGGCCAUUAUAAGCUUAUUCAGGCAAAAAGUUUAAGGUUUUUUGUUUUCUUUCUUAGAUUCUCUUAAUUUCUGAUACCUAAAGGGGAUUUUAUUUUUAUAGCACUUGUGCUAU